UUACUUAAUCCUCUUUGCUCCUGAUGGAGCAUAUGGCGUUGACAAAUCUUCUCCAGCUAUUUCUGUCCUGGAUGAGCGUUUCCCUGGAUUUUAUGGAUUUUUGAAGAUGUUGGUGAUGUUUCCGUGGCAAGAGUAUUUUACCCACUGGGUUGCUAGUGCAACACUCCUUUUACAUCCUGGGCUUGGGACCAGGCAAUGGCAGAGUUAUAUUAACACACAAUAACCAACAUGUAUUUUUUUUUGAUGAUGAACAUAUUUUCCAAACAUUCCUCAUCAGUCUUUGUUUUUCCUAUUACAAUUUUACUGGGGUUUCUCUCAUGCAUAAUAUCUUUUUUUUUGUUGUGCCACCCAACAACUGCAAUCAAGCGUUUGCGAAAACUGGCAGUGAGUCUUUCACAUUGCUGUGGAGGAAUUUUGGCCCACUCUUCUUUGCAGAAUUGUUUUAAUUCAGCCAUAUUGGAGGGUUUUCUAGCAUGAAUGGACUGUUUAAGGUCAUGCCACAGCAUGAUGGAUUUAAGUCCAGACUUGGCCACUCUAACCUUAAUUUUGUUUUUUCUUGAGCCGGCCACUCCUGGGAAGGUUCACCACUGUUUCAAGUCUACUCCUCUUCUUCUUCUUUUGGCUUUUCCAUUCAGGGGUCACCACAGCGAAUCAUCUCUCUCCACCUACUGUAUCCCUAUCUUCUGCAUCCUCAACACUUGCACCCACUAGCUUCAUAUCCUCAUUUAUUACAUCCAUAUACCUCCUCUUUGCCUCCUGCCUGGCAGCUCCAUGUCCAACAUUCUCCUACCAAUAUACUCACUCUCCCUCCUCUGAACAUGUCCAAACCAUCUUAAUCUGGCCUCCCUAACUUUGUCCCCCAAACGUCCAUCAUGAGCUGUCCCUCUGAUGUACUUCCUAAUCCUGUCCAACCGUGUCACUCCCAGAGAGAACCUCAACCUUCAGCUCUGCUACCUCCAGCUCUGACUCCUGUCUCUGUCUCAGUGACACUGUCUUUAAACCAUACAGCAUGGCCGGUCUCACCACUGUCUUGUACACCUUCCCCUUGAUUCUCGCUGAUAUUUUUCUAUCACACAGAACUACUGACACCUUUCUCCACCCAUUCCAACUUGCCUGCACUCGCUUCUUUACCUCUUUCCCACACUCUCCAUUACUCUGGACUGUUGACCCCAAGUACUUAAUCUCCUGUACCUUCUUCACCUCUUCACCCUGUAAUCUUACUGUUCCACUUCCCUCCCUUUCAUUCACACACACGUACUCAGUCUUACUACGACUGACUUUCAUUCCUCUUCUCUCUGAUGCAAACCUCCACCUCUCCAGGUUUUCCUCCACCUGCUCCCUGCUCUCACUACAGAUCACAAUGUCAUCUGCAAACAACAUUGUCCAAGGAGACUCUUGUCUGACCUUCUCUGACAACUGGUCCAUCACCAUAGCAAACAGGAAGGGGUUCAGAGCCGAUCCCUGAUGCAGUCCCACCUCCACUUUGAACUCCUCUGUCUGACCUACAGCACACCUCACCACUGUCCUGCUCCUCUCAUACAGGUCCUGCACCACUCUAUGUUCCAAAUUUUCUCCAUUUGUGGAUAACGGCUCUGACCAUGGUUCUCUGGAGUCCCAAAGCCUUAGAAAUGGCUUUAUAACGCUUUCCAUACUGAUACAUGUCAACUAUUUUGUUUCAGUAAUCAGGCCUGGGUGUGUCUAGUGAAAUUUAACUCAGCUUUCUAAAAUAAUGUGUUUAAUCACAGUUUUUCAUGAUUUAACAGGAGGGGGCAAAUAAUUUUUCACGUAGGGCUAGGUACGUUUGGACAGCUUUUUUUCCCCUUAAUAAAUGAAAUAAUCAUUUAAAAACAGCAUUUUGUAUUUACUUACAUUAUCUUUGUGUAAUAUUAAAAUUUGUUUGAUGAUCUGAAUCUUUUAUGUGUGAAAUAUGCAAAAAAAAAAAAAAAAAAGGAAGAGGGCAAAAACCUUUUCACAGCACUGUAUGCCUAUUCAGUGCUUGUUUUAUGAAUGUAGAAAUGAAAAUAUUUAGAAAUAAAAAGGGCAAACUGCGGGAGUGAGAGAGGGAAAUGAUGCAAAUAACAAGCAGGAGUCAACUCAAGUUUUUCACAAGUUGUCACCCUCACAGCUUGUAGCUACAUAUAGCAAGUGUGGUUCACUUCACUGAAAUAGGAAUUGUUGUAAUCUAUCCCCAAGGGUUGUUGAUAGUCAUGCAGUUUUUGGUAAUUAUUUAGAGCCCUUUAUGUCACAAUAGCAAUAUACAAUAUGGUUGUUAAUAGAUGAUGUUUUACCGGACACUCCUUUCUUGCAAUGCUUCUUAAGAAAAACACCUUGUUAUGCUUGUGUAUGCAAAGCUGCUUGUGCAAUGCUUAAAUCAUCAUGAAACCUGGGUAGAGUGUAUGAGAAAGUGUGGGUUUUGCAAUUCUGAUGAUUAAUAUGUUACUGUAUGUUUUGUGCUUCAGCAAAGCAGGGAAGCCUAAGUCUGUUUAAGAAGUUGCAGUCCAACAGGCACAACAAACUCAGAAGUUCCAGUUACCGGCGGCUUUAUAAAAGACUCUACACCAAAACAAGGCAGAGGAUGACAUCCAUGUCAGCUUCAGCAAACUGAUGAGUGAACUGAACAAAGCAGGAGUUCCGUAUACCCUCAGCCUGGCCAAUCGGCUUUAUGGAGAGCAGAGCUACCAGUUUGUAGAGAAAUUUCUGAAUGAGACAAAAACACACUACAAAGCUGAGCUGGAAACUCUUGACUUUAAAUCAAAUGCAGAAGCUUCACGUGUCAAAAUUAAUAACUGGGUUGAGAAACAAACUAAAGAAAAGAUCAAGAACUUGCUGGUGAAAGGAACUGUUGACAAUUUGACCAAACUUGUCUUGGUGAACGCCAUCUACUUCAAGUGCAACUGGGAGACGAAAUUUAAGCAAAAUAGCACAAUGGAGCAUCCUUUCAAGUUGAACAAGAGAGAAACUAAACCAGUGCAGAUGAUGAAUCAGAAGGCCAUGUUUCCCCUGGCCUUUAUUCCUGAGAUGCAGUGCAAGAUUCUUGAAAUGCCAUAUGAGGGCCAGGAGCUCAGCAUGCUAAUUAUGCUACCUUUUGAGAUUGAAGAUGAUACUACUGGCCUUGAGAAGCUUGAGAAUCAUAUAACCGAUGAGAAGUUCAUGGAGUGGACACGGCCUGAUAGGAUGAACCGUGUGCGGGUGCAGGUGUCUUUACCGCGGUUCAAACUGGAGGACACCUAUGACAUGGAGGAGCUGCUCAUCAGCAUGGGCAUGGUAGAUGCCUUUGACCCAGUCAAGAGUGAUUUUUCACGCAUGUCUCCGUGUAAUGAUCUGGUGCUCUCCAAGGUUGUGCAUAAGUCAUUUGUAGAGGUGAAUGAGGAAGGCACUGAAGCAGCUGCGGCUACUGCAGCCAUCGUGAAUAAAAAGCGUGCAAUAAUUAAAUCAGAACACUUUGUGGCUGACCACCCCUUUCUUUUUUUCAUUCAACACAAACCAACCCGAAGCAUUCUCUUUUGUGGCCGCUACAGCUCUCCUUAAAUUGCCUAAUUUGCAGGUAGACAGAUUGGCUACACUAAAUUGUCCCUAUGUGUAAAUGAGUGAGUAAAUGUAAAGGUGACAGGUGAGCAGAUUGAGGAAAGUAAUGACCAGUGAAACAUCUUUAGUCUUUCCCCAGUCGCAGAAGGGAAAACGUCACAGUCUGCCUUCAGCCAAAUCAAAAUCUGACACAUGGAGCUACUGGAAAGCCAAAUAAGGAGCAUCCAUGAAGUGUUUCUAGACAUGGCCAUACUGGUAGAAGUAAAGAACAUCAUGAUUAACUAUUUACAGACAAAUGUCCAAAAACCAAUGCAGAUAUAAAGAUUAGGCCGGUAAAGCUGGAAAAGGCCAAGAAAUACAGUAUGACUGGAAAAACCCUGUCAAGAAGACCUUUUUUAAUCAACAUGUAACUGCACUGUUUUAGGAGAGCUUUUUAAAUUAACUUGAUAUUAUUAAAUAAAAGUAUAAAAUAUAUACACUGACUGUUACUUAGAAAUAUAUACUGACUGUUUUUCCUCUCAAAUACUUGACAUUGUAUGAGUGAAUUUUAAUAAUAAAUAAAUGUCAAGUGUUUAACAAUG